GAUGUCUAUCCCCAUUAAUAAAUUCAAAUGGGAAGAUGUCAGUAGAGCUGACAUCAACGCACUCUGGGAUAGACUUGAGACCAAGUUUGUCCUCCCACGAGAUAACCCUACAUUCGUAGACUACGGUGAGUACGAGAUGUCAAAGGGUUUACGUGACUGGAGGGCAGACUGCAAGAAGAAGUGGAUACAAAACAUUGAGGAGCUUGGACAGGAGAGGGCCGACAUGUCACCUCCUGAGGGAGUAACUCAAGAGGUGUGGAGUGACUGCAUCGCUUAUUGGAGCACAGACAAACAAAAGGCGAGAGCAGCGAAAAAUAAAGAAAGUCGGGGUAAGAUGAAAUUUCUAGGAGGCUGGGGCUCCAAGCCUAUUGUUUCACAUGUUGUCGAGGGGGCUAACCCCGACACAGGAGAACUGCCAACUGCGGUGGAAACUUUUCAAAAGUUUCACCAUAAAGGCAACGAUUGGCGCAACGAGUUCGCGCAACAAGCUUACGAGCAAAUGGUUGAAAUAGCGGCAACUCAACCAGCGCCCACUGAAGAUGAGCCCGCAGAGCCUGCUGUCGAUCCUACACAGUACCCCCGAGACUUACCUGUUAUGACACAAGUACUCGGGGAACGAUCUCGGCAUCUUAGAGGCUUUGGCCAUCUCCCCAGACUGAAGGGAGUUGGGGCCAAAAGAGCACCUGCCACGCAUCCUUCAGCCCAACCGACUGUUACAAUGGAACAGUACGAGGCUUUACAGAAAAAAGUGGAGGAAGCGGAGCAGACAACUCAACAUACAAGGCAGCAGUAUGAGACACAACAACUCUACCUCAGACGAUUCCAAGAUCAGUUUGAGUAUCUUUCUCGAGCUGUGCCGGGUUUCAACUUGCCUCCCAUGGAUCUUCCACCAUUGCCCACUCCUGGUGCUGGAUCGUCGGCUGCUGCUGGUGCUGGAUCGUCAUCGCAGCCUCCCGAGACUCAGAGAAACAACGAUGACGACAUUACCCGCCUAUAGAACUAUAGUUUUUUUAUUAUCCGGUUCGAACAUUUAACAUUUUGUUUAUAUACUGAUUUUAGUAGUAA